UUCAGCACAUCAAUUCCAAAAUGGCGUUCUUGUUACCUUCGAAGCUCAGAUUUAGUUCUACAUAACAAAGAAACAAAAAACUACAAAGAGGAGUCACCUACACCAUUGUAUUAAAGAAUUGCUGUAAUAUGGGUGAAAAUAUUGAGCAAGAGGAAGAGCUCGAGGUCUUGCGUUCAAUCUACGAUGAGGACGAUUGUUUUAGGGAAGUGAAUGACACAACCUUUCAAUACCGUUUUGGAGACAGCGGUGAAAGCAAGUCCUUUUUGCUGGAAAUUAAGUGGCCGGAAAGUUAUCCUGAAUGCUUACCACACAUAAAUCUAAAUGCCUUCUAUAACAGACAUAUACCCGAAAAGUUAAAGGAAACGAUAAUUGAGAAAAUUUUAACUGAAAUGGGGGAUAAUGUCGGAAUGGCUCUCACAUUCACCAUUAUAAAUUGGGUCGGAGAGAAUUUUGAACAAUUGCUUGAGCAUAUUGAAGAAAUGUUAGCCAAGCAACCUAAGCCUGAUAAGGAUGUUCCAACUGUUAGUAUUAAUGUUGAAACAAAACCAGCUAAAGAAAAGAAAAUCCAAUUGACAAAACAGCAGAAAAGAAAACUGGCCGACAGAACCAAUUAUAAAGGCGAGCGAGAGCGAGGUUGGAACUGGGUUGACAUUGUGAAACAUCUUAGUAAAACAGGAUAAAUUUAAUUAUUGUAUGAUAUAUGAAACAGAAAUUUCCCAAUCACUCAAUAUUUGUAUUUUAUUAAUUUUUACACAACUUUCUACAUCUAUACUUACAUUCAAUUAAGGAUGUGUGGAAAGUUUUGUCCAUUUAAAAAAUAUAAUUUUUUUAGUUUUGCAUUUAAUAAAAUAUUAUCAAGCAGUAA